CACCUUUCCCAUGUCUGCUGGAUUCGAGGACCCCUUCUCAAGCCUGCCCGCCGCCGUCAUCGGCCACAUCCUCGGGCUCGGCGACGCUCGCACCGUCUGCAUGUGCGCGAGCGCGAGCGCGACUCUCGCCGCCGCCGUCGAGGAGGCGGACGCGCCCAUCUUUGCGUCGCUGGUGCAGCGGCGGUAUGGCCACCUCGAGGGGUGGGCGAUCCCCGCGGCGGCGCUCGCGCCGCCGCCGCACGACCCGUGCGGCUGGCGCGCCCUCUACUACCGCCUCGCCGACCGGCGGUCGGACGGAUUUUGGGGGCGCAUCGCCGUCGGCAAUGUCACGCACGAGGCGCUCGUCGCGCGUGGGCUAGUGCGGCCCACCAGGCCGGCGGCGCGGGGGUGCGUCCUGCUGAUCGACGACGCGAUCUACGACGUGACCGCCUUCGCGCCCCUCCACCCUGGCAUGGCCGCCUCCCUCCACCUCUUUAGCGGUUCGGACGCGACCGAGCCCUUCCACGACGUCGCCCACUCGGCAGAGGCCCUCCGCAUCAUGCGCUCCUUCCUCGUCCCUGGCCUCCGCCUCCCGCACGAAGGCGUCCCCGCCUCGCUCCUCAGCGACGCCGAGCCGGGACGACCUGGGGGGCAGUUCCGCGCCUGGUCGUCCCUGACUGGGGCGCGGCGCCGUGGGCCGCCACGUGGGUGGGCACCCCGUGGGCCACCCCGUGGGGCGACUCUGCGCCCUGGUCGGACAUCACGCCGUGGGCCGGGGUGAGGCCUGGCAAGGGGUGGGGGGGCGGCAUCGGAGCGCUGGUCGGCUCGACAGCCGCUGCCAAGGGCGCCACCGCCGAGCUGAGGCAGAGGCUCGCUGCGGAGCUCUCGGCGCCAAACGAGCUCGCUGCCCGGUGGCUCUCGCGGGGCGCGAAGCCGCUGGUGCCGCUCGCAGCGCGGCUGGCGCUGCUGGGCAGCAGCGUGCUCCAGAUGCUGCGCCCGCCCGCCGACGGCAGCGCCGGCCACCGGCGGCACCACGCGCUCUUCGAGGCGGGGCUGUACAGCUGCAGUCCGCGCGAGGAGGCGGAGGACGACCCCGCCGACGAGACACACUGGGGGGACAACUUCGACGCGGCGGCGGCGCGCGUGGCGGCGCUGCUCUGGCCGCACGCUGUCGGUGGCGAGGCGGCGGGCGCCCCGUGAGCCGUGACCGGCGGGGUCCGGUGUACGGCUCGAUAUCGGCUGAAGCGGCGCGCCCCGGGGGGCACAACACGCCUUAAAAUAAUCGAAAUUCUUGUACACUCAGUCUCAGAUCGUGAACGAGCUGGUAAAUACAAACAUGCCAAGCGCCUAAUUGUACUUCCGCGUAAGUUAGUUUCUGAGCACUGAGGAGGCGAGAAGACAGAAGUC